AGCCACAAUUGUGUGUCGAGCAGGAAGUUCACUAUUGGUACCGAUUACUAAUAGAAUCAUUCCCCGAAACAGGAGAUUUGCUUCGUCUUUGAAGUCGUUUUCGUUCGGACUCGCCAGUAGGACAGAAUAUUCUCCUCGAUCAUAAAAAAGAAAAACGUAAUCCUCCACAACACUCACGCCAAAAGAUGUUGCUUCGUUCCUUCUCGCUUGCAAUCGUUGCCGAUAACGGUGUGGGUACGAGUUCGCACGUGCUGCGGACCGAGAGAACCGGGCUGGCACAACCUACUACCGGGCUGGAGGACCCCCAUGGCUUACCGCCAUCCGAAGCGUUUGACCAUGCUGAAAAUGGAGACUCUUCGACAGGUUCGGGCGGCGUCGCCGUCACCAUCGCUCCGCUUUUUCCACUGGCCGAAGGCGAAGAUGGCGUGGACGAAACGGUGGAUGCUGGAAAAGGCAGCGCAGCUCCGGUGGCCGUCAACGUCCAGCAACCGCAGCACACUGCGCAAGACGACCAUACAGGCCCUGCGGCAGUGUCUGUCGAAUUGCUGUCAAGCGGGCACGCCGACGCUGCGGCCGGUGGUGCGAACGGUGAGCUCGAGCAGGGGGAGGCGGUCGGAAAGAGGUCGUCUCGGGGACUCUGGUUGCGUCGGGAGCCGCGCGCUGAGGCUGUGCAGGCGCUCAAGGCCGCCAUUGGCGAAAGUCAAAAGAAGCGAGGGAAUUUCUGGGUACUGGCUUCUGUUGGUCAGGAACAAAGAAACUCUGGUCUGGACAUUACUUCGUUUUAUUGCGACUCGGGCUGCUUUUAGAGACAUCGACUCAACAUACUAGUCUAGGUGAACACCUCUUGUUUAUUCGAAAAACAAAAACCAACAACAGGAACACUACCUCCGCCACGCCCAGGGUUUCGCGUUGCUUCUGUCGGGCAUCUUACUCGGAUUUCUUUUCGCACGGCAAGGGCGCAGCUCGGGAGUCCAUUCAGUGCAGCAGCCGACCGCGUUAGCGAAGAGCGGGGGGCUAACGGGAGAGAGAAAGAGCUCCAGUCAAUCACUGUACGUCUACAAGUUGUCGACCUCUUUAAGUGAUGAUAAAAGAUGAACUGUUUUCUUGGUCUUCCUCGUUCCCUGCUUUCCACUUCUAAUUUAUGAAAACUCCAUAGCAAAUCCAAUCUCUCUUGUUCACAGCCCCCUGCUUCUCCCGACCACUCCAGUCCUGUUCCCCACCACGCCGCGCAGCACGAAGGGCGACGCCUUCUUCCUGCACCCGGCUGCUGGCAAUUCCGAGAUGCUCUCCGAGAUGCUUUCCCCCAUUGCUGUGGAGCGGAGCCCGACGCUGAGUGACGUGAUGGAGGAGAUUGAGAUGGAGACCAGCACCAGCAGUUGUAGUGAACAAUCCAGCGGCAGUGACUACGAGACAGACACGUCCAUUGCGACGUCGUCCAGUGAAGAAGAGAGCUCCCUCAUCGGCGCCACGGAGAUCCGGUUUAACAUCACGCCGCCGGCCAGCAUGGGAUUCUUCUACAAGCUGUUCGGCAUUGGCGGAGACGCCAACGCGGAUGGUGAACUGCGGGAGGAAAUCCUGGUCACUUCGUGA